ACAGCUGUGUUAUAUACUCCUCAAAUAUGUAGCCAGAAGUAGGUUGGCCCCUUGCUCAUUUUGUCUUCUCCCUACAGAGCAACUGCAGAGGGGCAGUAGUUGAGGUCUCCUGAGAGAAGACACACUAAAAGCUCUCCAUGGAUUUGCUCCCCCAACCCGGUUGCAAGUAGCUCUAACAAGCAAAUGAGAGAAAAUGCAAGACUGGGCAAGGUUGGGUGAGGAGAGGCUCAGCAGGUUAAGAGAGAAGGAAUCAGAGGGCCAAAAAGGGGGGAAACUUGCUAAUAGGGAAUCAAGAGGACUGGAAUCAGCCUUUUUAAGAAAGAAAAAGACUAAAGAAGCAGAAAAUUUCUACAGUGGCAACCUGGGAGAAGACAGAGAUGAAGGAAGGAGCAAAGACUGUAACCAUUUAAGACGUACAACUAGCCAGGGAAAAACUGAAAGGGUUUAUGUAGUAACAUGGUAGGUUUAAGAAAUGAAAAAACUAGAGAAGAAACUAACAGAAUGCAACAUUUGUAAGAUAGUGAACAUUUUCACAGAAAUAUAUUCAUUUUAAUUCAAGGACAAAGCUAAAAAGGGGAGCAAUGCAUUUAAGAUAUUGUUCACUGGGUGAAGGACACUGGGUAAGCCUCGCUUAAAGAGAAGGGACAGUAAUCUUUAGAAGAGAGAAUAAUACUAUAUAAAAAUGUAGUUUUUAAGGAAGCAGCUUUUGACGAUUCUGAGGAACAGCGUUUAAAGAGGAAAGAUAGAAAAGGCUAAGUAAAAUGGCUAAGUAAAAGCUAGGAGAAAGGUAUUUUAUGGCACUCAAAUAUGCAAGGGCAAAGGAGACAAGGAAUAAAGACUGGGAAAUCUGCAUAAAGCAAGUUGAUAAAUAAAAAAGGGAGAAUAUAGGUGGAGCCCCUUUACAGAAAGAAACAGACAGGGAAAAGACAGAAAUACAAAUAUUUAGAGUGCAAAGCAGAUUUUUCUUUUUUACCACACAAGCAAAAAGAUCUUGAGAGGAUGCCUACUGUAUGAGGAAUAAAAAAAAAAGGGGGGGGGACCCUAAGCAGCAACCGCGAGAGGGACUGAACAGAGAAGGAAGGCACAGGCGAGCAAGGAAAAGGUGGUGACUAAAGAAAAAAGAAGUAAUGUGCUUAUUAGAGGGGGCACUAUUAUUGGAGUUGGACAAGUUUCUUUAAAAAGUGGGGGGGGGACAGAAAUCUGAGAGAAGCAGCGUAAGGCGGGAAGGAAAAGUUAGCAGGAGACGAGAGGAGCGAGCUAAUCCAUCGAAGCAGGAGGAAGUGGAGGGGCAGGUAAGCAAGGAAGAGCGGCGGGGACCGAACGAGGAAGGCUAGGAUCAAAAAAAGAAGCGCUGACUUCCACCUCCUCAGCGGGAUCUCCGUAUAAGAUGAGUGAAAGAGAUCUUCAAGGAUUUAUUACAACUCAAAGAAAUAGCAAUAUAGACAAUUUGGUUGUUCGUGUGAAAAAUGGGCUUAAAAGUUCAAAGUACAAACCUGUUGAUUAUGAAGAACUCUAUGCAAUUACUGAAGCAAAGAAAUUACAGUCUGCUAACAUCCUUUUAAAGAUUAAAAAAUUACAGCAUGCUUCAAAAAUUAACAAAGAACAAAUGCUGCUGAAACGCCAUUGCCAGGUAUGGUGGAAAGAACACAAAAGAUUGCAUGAAAACAGGCAGAAAUUAGAAUCUGAAAUUCAAACAGUCUUUGAUGAAGAAAAUGAAUGUUUUUUCGACUUGUGGGAUUUGCGAUAUAAAUUAACAAAAGGCUUGGAUACAUUUCAAGCAAACACAGUGCAACCUGUCUGGCAGCUAAGGGAAGAUUUAAGGUACAGACUAUUAGAAAUGCAAACCAACAGCAGAAGUGUGGAAUAUCAAUUCAAUCCAGAUGCUGUAUUAAAAGAGAUAGAGUAUGUGAAGAAACAACAGAAAGCAAUUUUGGGAAAGCUUCAUCUGGAGAGAAUAGCUUUGGAAAAAGAGCUUGAGGAAUUUAUAGAUGGAUCCCUGGCAUGUACUUUAGAGGAAAGGACUACAUUUGCACCUGAGAUUCCACCACAGUUAUUGGAGCUGGAGUGUCCAUAUCCUGAUCUGAAGGCUUCUGUGUUUUCUGAAUUUUAUAAACUUGCAGAUGACUAUUCUUUGAAGAUCCAAGAGGCUGAUGAAGACUUAAAAUCCAUAGCGAGCAGUUUCCAGUGGAGUAAAGAAGAUCUUUGGACAUAUCAGGUUGUCACUGGUCAGUAUCCAAGUGACAUGCAAAAUAGAAGAACACUGUAUUUGGAUAUGCUUCAGAAACUUCUACCUCACAAAUCUAGACAAAGCCUUGUUGCUCAUGAAAAGUCUUGGGACCACUAUUACUUUACCAGGAGCCAAUGGAGAGUAUUGAUGUUCAAUUGGGUCCAAGCUAAGAAGACAUUCUUAGUGAAGGCGGUGAUGACUCUCACUGAAGCUUGUGCUGCUUAUGAGACUGAAAUGAUGGUGGCUAAUAAUAGAAGAAAACAGCGGGAGAUAUGUGCUAAUCUUAAAGAGAAGGUGCUGUUGUGGCGUGCCCAGCAAGAGGAGGCUGCCCGUCUGGAAGCUGCAAUUGCUGCCCGAAAGAAGGAAGAAAAAGAUGAACAGGAGAAGUUUCGGAAAGAGAAAGAAUUGCUUCAAAGAGCUGAGGAUAAACAAAAAAUGAAAAAAUAUUGGGCUGAAAAACAGCGCAAGUGGCAAGAGAGGGAAGCAAAAGACCUCCUGCGUUUGGCAGAAUUUAAGAACUUAAUGGCUGAGCAGAUCAUCAAAGACAAAGAGAGAGUUCAGUUUAGGCAAAAGCUGUUGGAAAAGCAUUUGAUGGAGAAAAAAGUGGCAAUCCUCAAGGAAGCCCAAGAAGAAGAAGAAAGGAAGAAGCGCCUUGAUGCUCUCAGGAAACAGGUUGCUAUUGUGGCAGAAUUUGAUCCUGCUCGGAUGGUGGCUGAUACAGUGGCCUCUAAGGCACGGAUGGGUAUUGGAACCGAAGAAGAAUUUAUUCUACAGAAACCUCUGUUUGUAUUGCAUACAUUCAAUGCCGAGCAGAUAAUUUCUGAUACCCGAGUUCGUGUUGAGCUGGCUCUCCGAGAAGCUGGACUUCAUAGCACAGCUUAUGCUCAAGAGCUCUUACCUAAAAUCCCGCCACCUAAGCCUCCAAGGAGAGACAUGGUCUCCACAAUUUUUAAAAUAUAGAGCUUUGCGACAUAGUCAAAUCCUUUAUUGUUUUUAUUUUUUUUAAAAAAAAUGUCUUCCUAACCAGUAAGAAUGCAUAAAUAAACUGUUAUAAUUCAAAAACAAA